AUGACGGUCUUCAAUAUCACCCUCACCGCGGAUACCGUUUGCCCUUUCUGCUACGUGGCAACGAAGCAAAUCUCCAAUGCCAUUGCAGCUUACACCGCAAAGAACCCUGCAUCCAGCAACGAAUUCAACGUUCAAUGGAACCCCUUUUUCCUCAUAGCAGACCCGCCCAAACCCUCCAUGGACAAGCGCGAGUACUUUUUGAAGAAAUACGGUGCCGAAAGGAUGGGACACAUUGACAAGGCCCAAGACGCCUUGGGCAAGGAACACGGUAUCAAAUUUGCUAAAACGGGCACAAUUGGUGAUACCCUGGACAGCCAUCGGUUGAUCUUGUUCGCGGGAACGAGAUCCGGUGCGUUGCAACAGAAGGUUAUUUCAGGGGUGUACAAAUCCUACUUCGAAGACGGUCUAGAUAUCACAUCGUCCAAGACUCUCCUGAAGAUAGCUGCGAAUGCAGGACUCCCAGAGGACGAAACUGCUGCUUGGCUGGCUAGCACGGCGGGUGUCAGCGAGGUCAACACGAAGGUGGUAGAAGCACGCGCUUCAGGCAUCACAUCUACCCCCCACAUUACUGUUUCCGGACACAACAUAGGCACUCAAAGAGAUGUGCAGAGCUUUCUUGACGUCUUUCAAAAGGUGGAGAACUCGAGUGGCUGA